UUGUAAACCUCCUAAUACAGAGAGUUGGAUUUGGAAUGUGAAAGAUACUUCAUAUGCUUCCUGGCGCACACACACACACGUCGUUUACGUGUGGCUUGUGUGAAUGUGAGUACGUGUCUCUAGGCUCUGUAGGAUGAGGACACCCCUGGUCCUUAACUGCUCUCCUCAUCCCCACCUUGUUCUGCCAGAACCAGAGGAAGAGAUCAUUGCCGAGGACUAUGACGAUGAUCCUGUGGACUAUGAGGCCACCAGGUUGGAGGGCCUACCACCAAGCUGGUACAAGGUUUUUGACCCUUCCUGCGGGCUCCCUUACUACUGGAAUGCGGACACAGACCUCGUAUCCUGGCUUUCCCCACAUGACCCCAACUCUGUGGUUACCAAAUCGGCCAAGAAGCUCAGAAGCAGUAAUGCAGAUGCUGAAGAAAAGUUGGACCGGAGCCAUGACAAGUCGGACAGGGGCCAUGACAAGUUGGACCGCGGCCAUGAGAAACCAGACAGGGGCCACGACAAGUCAGACCGGGGCCACGACAAAUCUGACAGGGAUCGAGAGCGUGGCUAUGACAAGGUAGACAGAGAGAGAGAGCGAGACAGGGAACGGGAUCGGGACCGCGGGUAUGACAAGGCAGACCGGGAAGAGGGCAAAGAACGGCGCCACCAUCGCCGGGAGGAGCUGGCUCCCUACCCCAAGAGCAAGAAGGCAGUAAGCCGAAAGGAUGAAGAGUUAGACCCCAUGGACCCUAGCUCAUACUCAGAUGCCCCCCGGGGCACGUGGUCAACAGGACUCCCCAAGCGGAAUGAGGCCAAGACUGGCGCUGACACCACAGCAGCUGGGCCCCUCUUCCAGCAGCGGCCGUAUCCAUCCCCAGGGGCUGUGCUCCGGGCCAAUGCAGAGGCCUCCCGAACCAAGCAGCAGGAUUGAAGCUUCGGCCUCCCUGGCCCUGGGUUAAAAUAAAAGCUUUCUGGUGAUCCUGCCCACCA